AUGGCGGCCCAGACGCCCCCGAAGGGCAUGUCCUCUAGACUGCUAACUAUGAAAUUCAUGCAACGAGCAGCCGCCUCAACUUCGUCGCCAGCCUCUAGUCCUAGCACUCCAAAGUCAGACGAGUCUUCCUCGAAGCGCCGCAAGAUAUCCCACGCGACCCCCACCACCACCAAGGACGAGCAGCUUGAGGUGCAAUCUCUGGUGGACCAGAAGGCCAUUCAGGCUGCUCUCGAAGAGGGCGAACGGAAACGCGAGGAAGCUCUCGUCAAGCAUGCCGCGGAGCUCGGCGAUGCCAGAUGGGUUCUCAACGUGAGCGAGAAUACGUCGAGCUCGGGCAGCCAAGCUCAGAGGCCGCUGCAGAUAGUCCAGGUGGGAUAUGCCCAGAUCGAUGCUCCUGAUGCUUCGGAGGACCGGGCAAGCUCAGAUGAAGACCCGCUUGGCCGAGUCCAACCGAUCCGCCGUUACAACAUGGGUAAGAAGAAGGGCGCCAUUGAAGCAAAUGAUUCCGACGACGACGACGACUCCUCUGACUCUGAUUCAUCCGAUGCAAGCACAUCCGCAGAUGAAGGCCGUGACUCUCGAUCGUCACAGGGGAAACGGGAUCAUGCACGGACAAGCUCGUUAAACAGCAGACGAAGCGCCGAGAUAGCCAAAGCAAAAGAAUUUGCCGAAAAGAGAAGGAAAAAGGAAAUCAAGCUCAAUAAGGCAAGGCCCCAGGCCGCGGGCGGCUUGUCAUCAAUAUCCUCAGGAGGCGGCUCGAUGUCGAUGUCGCUGUCAUCCGGAGGACGUCCUCCCCCGCGGCAGGCUGGGUCUUUCUCCUUUGCAUGUCACAAUUGCGGCGAGACCGGUCACAAAGCUGCUGACUGCAAGAGGCCCAAACAACGCUCUCGGUGA